CUUACAAACGAAGGCUGACAGACUGACUGUGACAUCCGUGCACCGCCAUCGUGCUCACGGGUAAGACCGGUCUGAUUUCACCAGAGAGCUGGCCUCCAUCUGUGUACUGGAAUCAUACCACAAGACUAUCUGUUUCUAACCUUACCUGAGGAACUAUCCAAGGAAGCUUCCUCACAGCUGGUCAGGAUGGAAAUUCACUACAUCAACAGCUCUGUUAUAUUUAUAAGUAAAUGGUUCAAUGCCUCAGGUCGGGAAUUGACCUUAUUUGAGCAGUGUGAACACAUGCCCUCCAUGAUCUUUUUUUAUUUGAGCCUGCAGUAUGUUAACAUGUUCUUGGGAAUCCCAGCCAACUUGAUGGUUUUGUGGCUUCUGCACAAAAACAAAGCAGACUCCUCCACCUCAGACAUCUUUAUUUGGCACCUGGCUGUCCUGGACACCCUCUUCUGCCUCCUCCCGCCGCUGGAAUUGGCCAAUAUCAUGUACCUGACGAGCAGCAGCCUCCGGUACGUGCUACGCUUCUUCUACGGCAUCAAAGAUUCAUCCUCGCUCUUCCUCUCCUGCAUCUGCUUGGACCGCUACAUGGCAGUGGUCCACCCCAUUACCUUUGCGGCGCUGAAGGACCGCCGGCACCGGUCAGUUUGCGCCGCGGUUGUGUGGGUCUUCACACUGGCGUAUGCGGCAGUCAAGUGUGUGGGAACCAUCGUAAAAUUCGAGAAGGCCUUCACUGUCAUGAUCCUGGGCACAUUCGCUAUUAUGCUUUUCUGUAAUCUGUCCAUUCUCUUCACCCUCCGACACUCCGGACCAGUUCGAGACGUGAUGCACCCAGUCAAGAAGAAAGCCUUCAAGAUGGUCCUCAUCAUCCUGACCAUCAUCAUUUUCAACUACUUGCCUCCUGUGGCACUCUUUCCAUUUGAGGAGUACUUCUCUCACAAUGUCUUCCAGUGUUACAUCAACUACGUCACCUUUGGAUUCAUGGAUAUCAGCAGCACCAUCCAGCCCAUGCUGUACCUGUCAAAGGAGAAGCUGUCUUGCUCACCCAGGUGCUGCUGUAAAAGGUGCUUUGACCAGGAGAUGCAUGAAGUCUCAACAUAAAACAGCAGAGGUUUUUGGUUUAUGUCUAGCUUAAGUUUUUUCCAUAAGUACUGUUUUUUUGUUACAAACUUAAAUGUUAACAUGUAGCUACAUAAAACCUCACAAAUUUGCAUCUUCAUUAUGAUAGAUACAUAAAUAAUCCCUGUCAUCCUCUCAAGGUGCAAAAGACAAUACUUGAUGUAAAAGAAAAACUCUACGUUUGACAGGUUCAUUUUGGAAUUCCGGGUCUCUGUGUUCUUCAUAAACAAACAACUUUCAUUACUUGUCUACUCUUUUAAGAACAGGUAACAUUAAAUAAAUUGUAUUUAUUACUUUAUUAUUAUUUUUAAUGUUUUUCUGUUGCACUUACUGGUAUUUGAAUAGUCUUAUGUUUUUACUUUGUUAAUAGUUAUAU